AUGGGUGCCCUCAAGUAUGUCGAAGAACUUCAGAAGAAGAAGCAGUCGGACAUGAUGCGCUUCUUGAUGCGCGUUCGCCUUCGCCAACUUAAGGUCAUCCACCGCGCAAGCCGCCCCUCGCGCCCCGACAAGGCCCGCCGUCUCGGAUACAAGGCCAAGCAGGGUUACGUUAUCUACCGCAUCCGCGUCCGCCGUGGAGGUCGCAAGAGGCAGGCUCCCAAGGGCGCCACCUACGGAAAGCCUACCAACCAGGGUAUCAACCAGCUCAAGUACCAGCGCUCCCUCAAGUCCACCGCUGAGGAGCGUAUCGGCCGUCGCUGCGCCAACCUCCGCGUCCUCAACUCCUACUGGAUCAACCAGGACUCCACCUACAAGUACUACGAGGUCAUCUGCGUCGACCCCCAGCACAAGGCCAUCCGCCGCGACCCUCGCAUCAACUGGAUCGUCAAGCCCGUCCACAAGCACCGCGAGGCUCGUGGUCUCACCGCCACCGGCAAGAAGAGCCGUGGUCUCGGCCGUGGACACAAGUUCAACAACACCAGCGCUGGCCGAAGGAAGACCUGGAAGAGGCACAACACCCUCUCCCUCUGGCGCUACCGUUAA